GGAAACGUCGUGAGAAGCGGGUGUGCGGUGAUCAAACCAAAAGUGAUUGGCAAUGGCAGCAGAAGCAACAACGACGACAUUGGACAAUCAGACAAAUAGCGGCGAUUCUUCUCGUUGCUCCAAAGACAGAAGCUGGUCACACUGGUGGACGGGCACAUCUUUCGACAUGCUACGUACCCUGGAACGGCGUAUUCUUUCCUAUCUGAAAACGCCAUAUCGCGGAAGCUUCGUUGACGUUGGACAUUGCGUUGGAGAGGCGGACAAAAUAUGGACCCUUUCACUGAACACGGAAUCUCCCAACGUUCCGCUGGUGCUCGUGCAUGGACUCGGCGCGGGCGUGGCUUUAUGGGUACUCAAUCUUGACGCACUUGCAAAGGACCGGCCGGUGUACGCAAUAGAUGUGCUUGGGUUUGGUCGAAGCUCUAGACCACGGUUCUCAUCAGAUCCGGCCGUGGUCGAGAAGCAGUUGGUCAAAUCGAUCGACGAAUGGCGCCGCGAAAUGAACCUCAAGGAGAUAAUCUUGCUGGGACACUCGAUGGGUGGAUAUAUUGCGGCGAGUUAUGCCCUCUCGUACCCGGACCGGUUGCGUCAUCUCAUCCUGGCUGACCCGUGGGGUUUACCCGAGAAACCGAAGGACUUCGAGAGCACGGUAAAGAUUCGCUUCUGGCUCAAGCCCGUGUUCGCCAUCUCAAAAAUGCUAAAUCCGCUGUGGCCGAUACGAAUGGCGGGACCGUACGGGCCGUCGCUGGUUAACCGAUUCCGGCAGGACAUUGUGCAAAAGUUCACCCCCAUGAUUGCGGACGGGACGGACAUUUCGAACUACAUCCAUCAGUGCAACUCGCAGAAUCCAACCGGGGAAGGUGCCUUCCACUCCAUGAUGCACGAUUUUGCGUGGGCGAAAAACCCAAUGCUUAGCCGGAUCGGUGAGAUCAAGAGCACCGUCCCGGUGACCGUGCUGUAUGGGUCGAAAUCCUGGCUCCUUCUUACCAGUCCAGCCGACACAAUCAAGCAACUCAACGAUCACUCGUUCGUGAGCGUGAAAAUCAUCGAAGGUUCCGGUCACCACAUCUACGCAGAUGAUGCGGAAGCCUUCAACGAGAUGGUCAACGAAGCCUGUGACACUGUAGAUGGCAAGCAGCAGUAGAAAUGCAAUGCUCUACUACUUCUGCUGCUCGUCUAGGAGCUGUCUCAUCUUACCUUCUCGCACAAUCAAACCAGCUCGCGAUGCACCUCAUGUGGUAUAAUGGGCUAUCUCAAAUAGCCAACGUGGUGACGAUGGUGGUGAGAAGCAACCAAAAUCGAUUCGUCACUGUACGAUGACGAAUCCCACCUCCCCAUAACCCAACCAUGCGGCAAAGAGCCACCAGAUUGCCGAGUCACGAUGAUCUGCGAUUUUUUUUGUUUCGCGACGUCAGUGAGCUGAUGGGGGAUAGUGUGGAAACUCCAACCCUCAUGGGGAUGUAACUCUCCGGUCUACACAUCAGUGAGAUUACACGCUAUCUUGGAUGUGCCAGGGUUUGCUUGGAGAUACCGACAAGAUAACAUUACAGUAUGCCUUCGUGUACCACAAUCGCGUAGGCGUAUCAAUCGUUUUCAGCAGUUGGAUUCCGAUUGGAUGGUUUCUCGUGGUGUAAAACAUACAGGAGUCGUUUUAAAUACUUGAUUUGUUUUAUGUAAAUGUUUAGAUAGUUGAAAACCGUUGGCAAACCGAUGGCAAGCCGUGAUGACGGUAAAAAAAAUGAAAGCAAAUUAAAACAAAAAUGUGACUCGUUAAUAACGCUU